UAUGAUAUUGAAGAAGCUAACUAGUCAACGGUGUUGUUUCAUUAAAUUGGCUCAGUAGCUAGCGAUUUUGAAUAAACAUUUGUAGCAUACAUGUCCAACUAAUGGAGGAAUUAAAUGUAGUAAGACUAUCACCCUUGAGGUUGAAUGGUCCCGUCCCUGCGAAGUCAACAUUGUCAGGAAGAUCAACUCCUAGAGGAGGAUCUCCUUCCUUCAGGAGAUUGAAUUCUGGACGAACACCGCGAAGAGAUGGUAAAAGUAGUGCUUUUGGUUCUCAGUGGUUUAGAAGUAACCGCAUUUUACUUUGGCUGCUUCUGAUUACUCUUUGGGCCUAUGGAGGAUUUUAUGUUCAGUCAAGAUGGGCUCAUGGAGACAAUAAGGAAGGUAUUUUUGGAGGAACUGGAGGUGAUGUUGCCAAUGGAACUUCUCAACCAGAGGAAAAAAAUCAACGAAUUCUAGUUGCGAAUGAGGAGUCUUUAGCAGUCAAGCCUCCAAGUAAUAAAACACAGGGCAAUUCAAUGGACCUGGAUGUAGUCUUGGCUAAACAGGGAAACAGUGUGGUAUCUGACAAGGUUUCAUCUUCUAAGAAGAAGAGCAAGAAGUCUACACGUGCUUCUCGUAGGAAGACUCAUGGUAAGAAGAAGGUGGUGGCAGAAGUAAAAACUGAUGAUAUUGAAGUUCAAGAAGAGGAAAUACCCAAGCGAAAUACUACGUAUGGCCUGCUAGUUGGUCCAUUUGGGUCAAUAGAGGACAAAAUUUUGGAGUGGAGCCCUGAAAAGCGGUCAGGAACCUGUGAUAGAAAAAGUCAGUUUGCACGUCUUGUUUGGUCUAGGAAAUUUGUGCUGAUACUCCAUGAACUCUCUAUGACUGGAGCUCCACUUGCCAUGUUGGAAUUGGCUACGGAGCUUUUAAGCUGUGGGGCCACAGUUUAUGUAGUACCUCUCAGCAAAAGAGGGGGUUUAAUGUCAGAACUAUCUAGAAGAAAGAUCAAAGUGCUAGAAGACAAAUCAGACCUCAGUUUCAAAACAGCCAUGAAAGCAGAUCUUAUUAUUGCAGGUUCUGCAGUAUGUGCAUCAUGGAUAGAACAAUAUGCAGCACGUACUGUGCUAGGUUCAAGUCAAAUUACUUGGUGGAUCAUGGAAAACCGGCGGGAAUACUUCGAUCGGGCUAAACUUGCUUUCAACCGAGUGAAGAAACUUAUCUUUCUUUCUGAAUCACAGUCUAAGCGGUGGUUAGCUUGGUGUGAGGAAGAACAUAUAAAGCUCAAAACUCAGCCUGCACUGGUUCCACUUUCUAUUAGUGAUGAACUGGCUUUUGUAGCAGGCAUCCCGUGCUCACUGAGCACUCCGCUAUUCAGUCCUGAGAAGAUGCUGGAAAAGAGGCAGCUACUAAGAGAUUUUGUGAGGAAAGAAAUGGGAUUGACAGACAAUGAUAUGCUUGUCAUGUCCUUGAGUAGUAUAAACCCUGGAAAGGGUCAGUUUCUGCUUCUUGAAACAACGCGCUUACUGAUUGAGGGAGCUCCUCCUCUAAAUGGAUCUGCUGUUAAAAGACGAGAAUAUCAGAAAAGGACAUUGCUUUAUAACUGGAAACAAUUUGGUGAAUGGAAAAAAGAAUCCUCCACCUUGUCAAAUAACCCACAAACUGAAACAUUGCAGGUACCCCAGCUUUUCAUUAAGGGGGUUAACUAUACAGCUGGAAUUGAAAAUGAUAGAGGAACUCGAAAGCUUUUCUCCCUAACUGAAGGGAAGCAGGGAGAAAAGCUUAAGGUUCUUAUUGGCUCAGUCGGAUCCAAGAGCAAUAAGGUGCCUUAUGUUAAAGCACUUCUCAACUUUCUAAAUCAGCAUUCUAACUUGUCAAACACAGUACUAUGGACUCCAUCAACCACUCGUGUCGCUGCACUUUAUGCUGCUGCAGAUGCUUAUGUAAUGAAUUCUCAGGGACUUGGAGAAACAUUUGGGAGAGUGACAAUUGAAGCAAUGGCAUUUGGUCUUCCUGUGCUGGGAACAGAUGCCGGAGGCACAAAGGAGAUCGUUGAACAUAACGUAACAGGUCUUCUUCAUACUUUGGGACGUCCAGGCACUCAAAUCCUCGCCAACAAUCUCCAGUAUUUGCUGAACAAUCCCUCGGAAAGGCAGCGAUUGGGAAGCAAUGGAAGAAAGAAAGUAAAGGAUAUGUACCUAAAGAAGCACAUGUACAAGAGAUUCGGAGAAGUACUAUACGACUGCAUGAGAAUAAAAUAAGAUCAAAUGCAGACCAUUUUUCAUUCAUUUUCCUGUAUUGCUGUUCCUCUUCUUCCCUUAGAAAACAAUCAGCCUUGUGUACAGUACGAAAUCUAGUUGUGUUUCACUAACUUCUUUUUUACUGUCUACCUGUCGUGCUACCUGUUUUUCUUA